AUUCAAAAACAGCCUUUCUUCCUUAACUGACUUCUCUUGUUAGCAGUUUGUUUUUUUCUCAUAGCAACUUCCUAGCAUAUUAUUAGCAACUUCCUAAUAAAGAAAAGACACAAGCCAUGACAAGUAGUAAGCAGGCGCAAUUCAAUUGUAGCAAACUACUUGCCAACACCCUCAACAAAGCUCAGAAACGAUGGCGCAUUGCAUACUUAACUAUCUAUUCUGCACGAACAAUGCUUUCUCUUGUGAGAGAUAUAAUUGUAUCAGAAACAAAUAGUUAUCAUCACUCUGAUGUCCUGCAUAAUGUUUCCUACACUUUACUAAAUGUAGAGCCAGUCAGUUCCAGUCAACAUGAAAAUAAACAUGAGACUGUUUCUAGUGUCUCAGAUGUCGAUAAGAAGAGACUUUCCGAAAUGGUAAAAGAGAAGGACUCCUUAGCUCUUCGCCAAUUUGGAGGAGUUGAAAGUGUUGCCACUGCUCUUGGGACAAAGUUAGAACACGGAAUCAAUGGUGACGACCGUGAAAUCAGCACACGUCGUGACAUGUUUGGUUCCAAUACUUACCAUAAGCCUCCCCCAAAAGGUCUUUUGUAUUUCGUGCUUGAAGCUUUCAAAGACACCACCAUUCUAAUCCUCUUGGCUUGUGCUGCUCUUGCUCUUGGUUUUGGCAUCAGAGAACAUGGAGCAGAUGAAGGCUGGUAUGAAGGUGGAAGUAUCUUUGUUGCUGUCUUUCUAGUUGUUGUUGUCUCGGCCCUCAGCAACUAUAGACAGGAGAGGCAAUUUGAUAAGUUAUCGCGAAUAAGUAGCGACAUCAAAAUUGAUGUUCUUAGACAUGGACAUCGACAACAAAUCUCCAUAUUUGAUAUUGUUGUUGGAGAUAUUGUCUAUCUGAAAAUUGGAGACCAAAUUCCAGCUGAUGGGUUGUUCGUGGAUGGGCAUUCUUUAGAAGUUGACGAGUCAAGCAUGACAGGAGAAAGUGAGUACGUUGAAGUCAAUUCCACCAGGAAUCCCUUCUUGAUUUCUGGUUCAAAAGUUGCAGAUGGAUAUGGUCGAAUGCUCGUGACAUCUGUUGGAAUGAACACUAUGUGGGGCGAAAUGAUGAGCUCAAUUAAUCGUGACUUGAAUGAAAGAACACCACUACAAGCUCGGCUUGACAAACUGACAUCUUCUAUUGGGAAGGUGGGCCUUUCAGUUGCUUUUCUAGUUCUUGUAGUCAUGUUAAUUCGUUAUUUCACCAAAAAUACAAAAGAUGAAAAUGGGGUGACAGAGUACCAAGGUAGCAAAACUUCUACAGAUGACAUUAUAAAUGCUGUUGUACGCAUUGUAGCUGCCGCAGUCACUAUUGUGGUUGUAGCGAUUCCAGAAGGUUUGCCACUAGCAGUCACGCUAACACUAGCUUACUCAAUGAAGAGGAUGAUGGCUGAUCAGGCCAUGGUCAGAAAACUUUCAGCUUGUGAAACAAUGGGAUCGGCCACGGUUAUUUGUACUGACAAAACAGGCACUUUGACAUUAAACCAGAUGCAAGUAACUAAGUUCUGGCUUGGUCAAGAAUCCAUUGAGGAAGGUUCUUACAAAGAAAUUGCUCCGACAACUCUUGAAUUGUUCCACCAAGCAGUCGGCUUAAACACAACAGGCAGCAUUUACAAACCAGCAUCAGGUUCUACACCAGAGAUUUCAGGUAGUCCAACCGAGAAGGCAAUUCUCUUAUGGGCUGUUUCUGAGCUGGGGAUGGACAUGGAAAAAAUAAAGCCGAACUAUACAAUUCUGCAUGUUGAAACCUUUAAUUCAGAGAAAAAACGAAGUGGGGUUUCAAUAAGGAAAUUGGCUGAUAACACCACACAUGUACAUUGGAAAGGAGCAUCUGAGAUGAUACUAGCAAUGUGCUCAAAUUAUUAUGAGAGCAAUGGGAUCGUAAAGUCAAUGGAUGAAGAUGAAAGAAGUAAAAUUGAGAAAAUUAUCCAAGGUAUGGCAGCUAGUAGCCUCAGAUGCAUAGCUUUUGCUCAUAAGAAGAUUAAAGAGGAAGAACUGAAGAAUGAAAAUUAUGAAAAUUCACGCCAAAGGCUACAAGAAGAUGGUUUGACCUUGCUAGGCAUUGUUGGUCUCAAGGAUCCAUGUCGACCAGGAGCCAAGAAAGCCGUGGAAAUUUGCAAGUCUGCAGGAGUCAGAAUCAAAAUGAUAACUGGGGACAAUGUUUUCACAGCAAAAGCAAUAGCUACGGAAUGUGGAAUAUUAGAGCUCAAUCACCAAGUAGACAAUGGAGUAGUGGUAGAAGGUGUUGAAUUUCGGAACUACACACAUGAGGAGAGAAUGGAAAAGGUUGAUAAGAUUUGUGUGAUGGCAAGGUCCUCGCCUUUCGACAAACUUCUAAUGGUAGAAUGCUUGAAACAGAAAGGUCAUGUUGUUGCAGUGACUGGAGAUGGCACAAAUGAUGCACCCGCACUAAAAGAAGCAGACAUAGGACUGUCUAUGGGCAUUCAGGGCACAGAGGUUGCUAAAGAGAGCUCAGAUAUUGUCAUUCUGGAUGAUAAUUUUACCUCUGUGGCCACUGUUUUGAGGUGGGGACGGUGCGUCUAUAACAACAUCCAAAAAUUUAUCCAGUUUCAACUAACUGUUAAUGUUGCAGCUCUUGUCAUCAACUUCAUCGCAGCAGUUUCUGCCGGUGAAGUUCCUCUGACAGCAGUCCAGUUGCUGUGGGUAAACCUGAUAAUGGACACGCUUGGAGCCCUGGCCCUUGCUACAGAAAGGCCAACUGAUGAGCUAAUGCAAAGGUCACCUGUGGGUAGGACUGAGCCCCUCAUAACAAAUAUUAUGUGGAGAAACCUCCUAGCUCAAGCUCUAUACCAGAUAUCAGUCCUCCUAACUUUACAAUUCCAGGGUGAGUCUAUCUUUAACGUGAGUCCAGAGGUAAAUGAUACAAUUAUAUUCAAUAGUUUCGUACUUUGCCAAAUUUUCAACGAGUUCAAUGCGAGGAAGUUGGAGAAGCAGAAUGUAUUCAAAGGCCUCCAUAGGAAUCAUCUGUUUCUUGGUAUUGUGGGUAUAACAAUAAUUCUUCAAGUUGUGAUGGUGGAAUUCUUAAAGAAGUUCGCAAGUACCGAGAGGUUGAAUUGGCAGCAAUGGGUAGCUUGUAUUGUAAUUGCAGCUGUAUCAUGGCCAAUUGGUUGGGUUGUGAAACUAAUUCCUGUGCCAGUAACGCCAUUCCUCAGUUUUCUGAAAAGGCCAAUAUCCAGAGUCAAAAAGGCACUGCAACAUAUGUAUCAUAGAAAACCCUCUUCCUCUAGGCUUGGAAUCUAGUGUGGCAGAAGGUAAAGAGUCUGGAAUUAUUAGGUGGGAGAAUGGCAUGACCUAAAUAACAAAACAUGGUAGAUUGAGAUAAAGAACAUGCCAAAAGGCAGAUUCUAUGGAUAAAGAUGAGAAGGAAAGAGGUGUGGCUCGAGUUAGCAGAAGAUCCAAUAGUUGGUUCAGCCAGCACAAUGGGCAUGGAUGAGUUGGUUGAUAAGACUAGACAAGGAUCAGACCAAACGACUAUCAUGACAAAAACUAAACAUAGCAUGAAGCCUAACACCUUACCCAACAGCAUAUUCCUGCAAGAUCUAACAAAUUACUGCCCAAAGAUGGCAGGCUACAAAUUCAGCAUCACCCAACGUCAGAAGCCAAAUAUACUCCAUAUUUCAUCCUAAUACACGAAUCCUAUUCUGACAUGAAUAUUGCACCAAAGGAUUUGUGUAUUGAGACAAAACCUCAUGCCAAUGUAAAACUAUCUUCCAGAAAGGGGUUUGUGCAUCAGUAAAAGCUUUUUUGAGUUAAUGGCCGGAUAUGCUUCUUCUUGAA